AUGAAAGGCUUCGGAAUAGCAUCGGCCGCCACGGCCACCAUUGCGGCAAGCAGCUUCUUUGCGAACGCUGUGGCCGCUGAUCUCCCUCCGAUUGUCAUCAAGGGCUCCAAGUUCUUCUACGAGAACAAUGGCACACAAUUCUUCAUGCGAGGUGUCGCCUACCAGCAGGACUACUCUGGCAACGGCACGACCACUGGCGACGACAACACAUACACUGACCCCCUCGCAACGGCCGCCACAUGCAAGCGUGAUAUUCCUUAUCUCCAGGAACUUCAGACCAAUGUGAUCCGUGUCUACGCCAUUAAUCCCGACAAGGACCACGACGAGUGCAUGACCGCGCUCGCCGACGCCGGAAUCUACGUGAUUGCAGACCUUUCCGCCCCUAUUGACGGAGGCUCAAUUGUCCGCGAUGCACCAUCUUGGAACGAUGCGCUCUACGAGCGUUACACUUCCGUGGUUGACUCCAUGGCCAACUACACCAACGUUCUUGGCUUCUUUGCUGGCAACGAAGUUUCAAACGCACCCAACAACACUGACGCCAGCGCCUUUGUCAAGGCCGCGGUCCGCGACACCAAGGCAUACAUCAAAGCACAGAAGUACCGCGAGAUUGGUGUUGGCUAUGCUACCAACGAUGAUGCCGACAUCCGUGAGAACAUGGCCAACUACUUCAACUGCGGUGACGCCGAGAACUCGAUCGACUUCUGGGGUUACAACAUCUACUCUUGGUGCGGYGACUCUUCGUACCAGAAAUCUGGAUACGAUGUUCGCACUGAGGAAUUCGAGAGCUACUCUGUCCCUGUAUUCUUCGCCGAGUAUGGUUGCAACGAGGUCACUCCACGUGAGUUCACUGACGUUGGCACUCUCUACGGCCCCAAGAUGACUCCUGUCUGGUCUGGAGGUAUCGUUUACAUGUACUUCCAGGAGGCCAACAAGUACGGUCUUGUCAGUGUAUCCGGUAACAAGGUCACUACCAACGACGACUUCGACAACCUCAAGAGCCAGAUUUCCAAGAUCAAGCCAUCAGGUGUGAACUCCGCUUCGUACACUCCAUCCAACACUGCUGCUGCCUGCCCCACCUCGAACGACUGGGCUGCCAAGGCCUCACCGCUCCCACCGUCACCAAACACCCAGCUUUGCAACUGCAUGUACAAGUCGUUGAGCUGCGCCGUCACCUCUGACACUGAUGUUGACAACUACGGCGACCUUUUCUCCACCGUCUGUGGUCUCGGUGACGACGUGUGUGCUGGUAUCGCCGCCAACGGUAGCACCGGAACUUACGGCGCAUACAGCAUGUGCAACUCCACUGAGCAGCUUUCAUUCGUCUUCAACCAGUACUACCUCAGCCAGGACAGCGCCUCUGACGCCUGUGACUUCAAGGGUGCUGCCGAGAUCAAGGAGGGCGCUGAGGCAACCGGCACUUGCAAGGACCUCAUGGAUGAGGCUGGUGCUGCCGGUACCGGUACCGUCACCACUUCGCCAUCUGGCUCCGGCGGCUCCGGCAGCGGUUCCGGCUCAGGCUCUGGUUCCUCCCCGAAGAAGGGUGCUGCUGGACACAACGAGGCCAGCAUGCUGCCCGUCAUCCUCAUGAGCGCACUUGCGUUGAUGUCUGGCUGUGGCAUGGUUCUGUUGUAA